AUGGGCAAGAAGAGGACAAACGACGGGAAAGAAAAGAGAGCAGCGUCGAAAGCGGCUGCGCACAUUACACCCCCGAACGACACGCCUCCAGGCGCACAAGCUCCCCAUUCCUCGAGCACACCUUCAGUAAAGAAAGCAAAUGCGGAUCAAACGCCAAACACCAAAAAGCAGAAGAUUGAGAAGUUGGAAGGUAUACCUGCCAACCCAAAACAACCUCACCAGACUCCUUCUCGAAAGCAGAAUCGCAAAAAGCUCCCCAAACUACCGCCUAAUGCUGCUAUAGCGAAACGCCCUCUCCACCACCCCGCAAUCCCCGCGCCCUUUGCUUCCUUGGAGCAUCCAAAAAUCCUCUACAUCUCACACUCAACCCCCUUCAUUCCGACCGUAAAACGCAUUCGCCGCCUACUCCUCGAGAUCUCCAAGCGACAAGUGCAAUCACAAGCCUCACAAAUAUCUCGGCAGCGACGACAAGGGCGGAAUCGAAAACCACUGGCACCGAACGGGCGUCUUGCGCCGGAGGAUGUGGAGCGGGAGAUUGCUGAAGAAGGUAAAGAUGAGCGAGGUGAUGUAGGCGGAGAGAAGGUGUAUGUCAAGGCGACGGGGAGGGCGAUCGAGCGUGCCUUGAGAUUUGGCGUGCAUUUCCAGGGGGAGAGUGAUUGUACGGUGAGGGUGGAAACAGGCAGUGUGAUGGCGGUGGACGACAUCGAGAUACGGAAUGUUGAAGAGAGAAACGCCAGUGGCGGCGGUAUUGAGGCAAAUGAGCAGUUGAAUGAUGAUGAUGUACCUGAGAUGAGGGUGAGGAUGGUAAGCUCGGUCACGGUGGUUAUUGGGUCAAGGUGA